AUGGACUCCACAGAUUUCUUCUCCUUCAUUUCACCAUCUUGGUCUUAUGCCAUGAUCUUCAUAAUUGCUCUCUUCAGACUCAUCAAAACCCUCAAAUACCCUCGCUCUACCCCUGCAUUGCUCCGCAAACACAGACUCCCUCCAGGUCCCCAACCAUGGCCCAUUAUUGGUAAUUUACCAGAACUGCUUUCAAGCAAGUCUGCGUCCAAAUGGAUACACCAGCUUAUGAGAAACUUAAACACUGAGAUUGCAUGUAUCAAGCUGGGAAAUGUCCAUGUGAUUCCAGUGAUCGACCCUACUAUAGCCUGCGAGUUCUUGAAGAAACAAGACGAUAUUUUCGCUUCAAGGCCUAUCAGCAUGUCCACUCAUCUCCUCUCACGUGGCUAUUUAACUGCAGCCAUCGUGCCAUAUGGAGAUCAAUGGAAGAAGAUGAAGAAGAUGAUAGUGAAGGACUUGCUUUCUCCAGCCAGGCAUAGGUGGCUUCAUGACAAGAGAAUGGAGGAGGCUGAUAACCUCGUGCGCUACGUUUACGCGAGUCAGAAUAACAAUGAAGGAGGCCUUGUGAAUGUGAGGAUUGCUGCUCAGCAUUUCUGCGGGAAUGUCAUCAGGAAAAUAAUCUUCAAUCAAAGGUAUUUCGGAGAGGGUGGCCAGGAUGGAGGGCCAGGGUUGGAGGAAAUAGAGCAUGUGGGUGCACUUUUCGUAAUGCUCAAAUACUUAUAUGCCUUCUGCGUUUCUGACUUUGUGCCAUGCUUGAGGGGACUCGACUUGGAUGGGCACAAGAGAGUGUUGAAGAAUGCCGUGAGGAUAGUGAACAAGUAUCAUGAUCCCAUCAUCGAAGCAAGAAUCAAACAGUGGAAGGAGGGCGCCAAGACAGAAUCUGAGGACCUGCUUGACGUUAUGAUUUCUCUCAAGGACGCUCACAAUAACCCUCUAUUGUCCAUGCAGGAAAUCAAAGCGCAAAUUCCAGAACUUAUGUUUGCAACAGUGGACAAUCCAUCGAACGCCGUAGAAUGGGCACUCGCAGAGAUGAUGAACCAGCCACAACUUCUUCGAAAAGCCACUGAGGAAUUGGACCGAGUAGUGGGUAAGGACAGGCUUGUUAAAGAAUCAGACAUACCAAAACUCAACUACAUCAAAGCCUGCAUAAGAGAAGCCUUUCGCCUUCAUCCUAUUGCUGCAUUCAACGUCCCUCAUGUGGCUAUGCGUGACACGGUGGUUUCCAACUACUUCAUCCCAAAAGGCAGCCACGUGAUACUGAGCAGACAGGAGCUAGGGCGAAACCCCAAGGUUUGGGAGGAUCCUCUUAAGUUCAAACCAGAACGACACCUCACGAACGAUGGUUCAGAAGUGUUCUUGUCAGAAACGGAUUUGCGGUUCAUAACCUUCACUACGGGCAAACGUGGGUGUCCAGGAAUGGUGCUUGGGACCACUCUCUCUGUGAUGUUGCUUGCUAGGUUGAUCCAUGGAUUCACUUGGAGUGCUCCACCUCACCAACCAGUUGAACUGGUUCAGUCCGAGACAGACCCCUUCAUCGCUCAGCCACUGGUGGUCGUUGCAAAACCAAGGUUGCCUAAUGAGGUUUACGUCUUGGGUUAAUUUAGCCAAGCUAAUAUAAUAUUAAUACAUA